AUGGACGAACGCACUCGUUCUCCUUCAGAUCGUAACAGCAGGCGACAUACAAAUGGAUCUCCAAGGGCAGACUCCUCUUCAGACGUCUACGUGACCAGUGCUGCAUAUAGACCACCGUCAGAGAUCAGUCGACAGUCACGAGCACCGCGCAGUGUAUAUUCUUAUAGAAGCGGAGUGGCGCCAUCUGUUGCAUCAACGCAUCGCUCCAAAGUUUCUAGAAAGGCAGGAGUGAAGGUGGACGCGAUGGCUGCGCCGAACCCAUUCUGUCCAAACGUGAAAGGCAUGUGCUGUUUGAUGCUGCUGCUAAAUUUGGGACUUAUCCUCGUCACACUGGGUUUCGUCAUAGUGCUACAGUUCUUCGAACCGCUGUUCGUUUGGAUCCUGGGUAUAAUCUUUCUUAUAUUCGGUUUCAUCACACUAGUGGGGAGUCUUAUAUAUUGCGUUGUGCUCUGCCGUGAAAACCCGUACCCACGCUACCCAGACGACUUCUACUGGACGCACCAUUGGUCCAAGACGAUAGGACCAUCCGAAAUACACUACAGUGCAAGCGAAAAGCCUUACCGGCAAAAUGGCCACGAUAGAUAUAGUAAAUACAACGGAAAAUACUCCGACCGGGAAAGUGCAAAGGGCUAUUCUGACAGAGAUAGUAAAUUAAGUAGGUAUUGA